GGGGAGGCCCCAGUCAGCCGGCCGCGGAGGGGCAUGCCUGCACUGGGGGUCCGGCCGCGCCGAACCGAGCCGUGCCCAGGGCUGCCGAGCGGAGCUCAGCGCCGAGAUGGGAGUGGAGAUCGAGACCAUCUCUCCGGGAGACGGACGGACGUUCCCAAAGAAGGGGCAGACGUGUGUGGUGCACUACACAGGAAUGCUACAGAAUGGAAAGAAGUUUGAUUCCUCCAGAGACAGAAACAAACCUUUCAGGUUCAAGAUUGGCAGGCAAGAAGUCAUUAAAGGAUUUGAAGAAGGUGUUAUACAGAUGAGCUUAGGACAAAGAGCAAAGCUGACUUGCACACCUGAGAUGGCCUACGGAGCCACGGGCCACCCCGGGGUCAUCCCUCCCAAUGCCACGCUCCUCUUUGACGUGGAGCUUCUCAGGUUGGAGUGAGUCUUCUUGGGGGAGCUGGCUGGAGGCACCUCUCCAUAACCAUCCCUUCUUUCUCACCCUCCCAGCAGCGGGGGAAAUCUUCACUGGAAUCCUAAUCUUCCUGCUCAAGCUGUCAUAUCAGUAGCAUUUGCCGUUAGGUUUCUUAAGCCUUUCUUUCUCCUUUCUUCUUAGACUUUGUGGUGUCCAUAUUUGCCUUUCAUUGGAAGCUUUGCUUUGGGAAAAAAUGUCUACCGUUGUAACAUUCUCAAGUUGUACAUUUUAUUUAAUCUGCAUGUGAUGAGAAUUCACAGUGAUGAUUGAAAAUAUAUAUAAAUAUAAAUAUAUAUAUAUAUUCCUUAUUGAAAAACCACUGCCUUACUGUACACUUAAACCAAGAAAAUUAAAAAAAAAAACAAAACAAAACACAAAAGGUGCUCAAAAACUCCAGUGUACGCCUUGUACAUGAACGGGCAUUAGCCAAACAGAGUUACCUGCGCUGCCACUUUUCUCAACUUGUACGUUCUGCUUGCUGCUGUUUUAAAGAAUACUGUCUCAUUUAAGAAUUAAGUAUAUAUGUAAACAAUAAAACCUUGAUACUUUA